CCUAAUCAACAAAAAUAGCGGCGGGCACACCGACGCAUAUAUCUUUUUGUUUUCUUUUUGUAUUAAAUAAUUUAAUAAUAAUGUCAUAGAUGCAUUGAUGCCGUGCGAGGAUCAGCAGCAGGAUGGCAUACAUCAACAUCGCCGAGUGGACGCCCGACCAGGUGACGGACUGGAUAAGGGGUCUGGAUGAGUCCAUGAAGGGGUAUUUGUACGAGUUCGCUAAGCAGGAGAUCGGCGGACGGGCGCUGCUCAACAUACGGCCAUACGAGCUGGAGAAUCUGGGAAUGCUGCGUAUCGGGCACCAGGAAAUCGUGCUGGAGGCGGUAGAGAAUUUGCGGAAUUUUCACUAUCACCUGAAGAACGACAAUCUGCAGUUCAUGGCGUUGCAUGUGGCGACGGCCGCACGGAAUUUGCACCGCGAGCUGGCCAAAAACCAUGCGGCUAGCACCAAGAUCGAUACCCGGAUACUGCACGACAUUACGCGGACGAUAGCCACGCUGAAGCCGCUGGUGGGCAGUUUGGAACGGACGCCCUUCCGCAAGCAGGAGAUGUACCGCGAGUAUUGUGGAAACGUGCUGAAGAGCGGCUUAGAGCUCGCAACCAUAGCACACCGCGAUCGGUUCGCAGUACAGCCGGUGCACGACAUCCGGCACUUAGCAGAGAAACUAGAGAAACUAGCGAAUUUCAUCAUUCAGGACAUAUCCGAUCCGAUGGUGCUGCAGCCUGCCUCUCUUAACCUCGUAACGCUGAAGAAGCGUGAAUCUGAGUUAGGCUUUAACAUAGAGUCCAGUUACAAUGGCAUCCAUCGCGUCACCGACAUCAAAAGCAACUCCCCGGCCCACAACUCGGGGAAGAUCGAGGAUGGCGAUGAGAUCGUUCAGAUCAACUACCAGACUGUAGUCGGAUGGCAGCAUCGCACCGUGCUGGAGCACCUGCGCGAGGCUCUGCCCGAUGUGGUGCUUACGGUAAAGAAACGCCCCAAGCACACCAAAAUGUUUGGCCAGAUCUAUAUGCAACCGUACCGGCUGCCCAGCAAGAAGCGCAACAUGGCAAGUCGCUGGGCGGAGCAGAUGCCGAGCCCCAGGGCCGCAUUCCUCACCCUGGACACGGAUCGAGCGUCAACAGGAGUUGGAGUUGGAAUCGUAAACUCAGUGCCAGACUCAGGACUUGGAAAGUCGCUGAGCAGUGAGAAGAGCGGGGAGGAUCUGGUUAAGGUCAACCCGACGGCUGUUUCCUCCGCCUCCGAUUCGGACUCCAGCUGCAGUGACAUUCCCACGCCCACGGAUCUCAAGUCCGCGGCGCGGGAGAUUCGAUUGUAUUAUCCCAAGCCCAGAGCCCUGCUACAGCGGCGCAACACCAUCUGCGGGUAUGAAUUUCUCAGCCUGAAGCACUCGGAUUUGGUCGUGCCGUCGUGGCACGAACGAAAGCCAGGCGUUGGCUCCUCGGCGGCCUGUGAUCGUUCACCGAGCAUCAGGGACAAAUCGAUAUCAUUCGGAUAUGGCCUGGAUAUAGCGCCGAGGCCCACAACAUGCAUUGGGAUCGCGGGCGACAAACGAAUGUUUCACGAGGUGAGGAAGCUGAAGCAGCUGACGGAGGAGUCGCAGCGCGAGUUCCUCGAGGAGCGUUACAAGCCGGGCGUUAGCAAGGUAGUACGCUUCGAUGCCAACAUGAAGGUAGAGGAUUAUGUCGUGAAGAACGAGAUGUUUACAUGCAAUGUCGAGAACACCAUAUUGGAGACCUUUGAGCCGAUACCAUUUGCGGAUGAGGGCGACGAGGACGCAUUGGAGACGCUGCGCAACUGCAAGACGGAGAAUGCCGAGGACCUACUGGACGCAAUCAAUCAGGCAACAAGGGGUCAGGAGCUGCCCCUAGCAGAGGCCAUUAACACGCCCCUCCUGCUACAGCAGCAGAGAUGCCGAGGGCGUUUGGACAAGAGCCAUAGUACUCCUGCUUACGAUAAUUCGGGUGAGGAAUCGGACACACCGCCAGCUAUUGAGCCGCGCAAAGAGUUUCUGCUCGUCACGCCGCCUGCACCGCCUCCGCGACCGCGCAAGCAGCGAGAGAUGACGCCGCCAGUAGUGCCGCCUCCGCCGCCAAAGCCUGCCAGCAUGCAGCCAGCUAGCAGUGUCACCAGCAUCUCCAUUCCAGUGCCAUUGCAUGUGCCAGUAGCGACAACACCCGUAGAAUCUCCCUCAGAGAUCAGCGAGCUACAUACACCAAGCAAGUCUCGAACCUUGACCCUCAAGAAGAAGCACAGUCUGAUGGCCAAGCGGCGGAACACGAACCUGAAGCUUCUCGGCACCGGCGACAUACAGGGACACCUAUACAGGCGCAAGAAGAACCAUCGCGGCGUCACCUACUGGGCGAGGAUUUAUUUUGUAAUGCUGGACACGAUCUUGUACGGAUUCCGCAGCAAGGAGAGCACUAGCGCGAGUCUUGUGAUCUUUUUGCCCGGCUUCACGGUUUCUCUGGCCAAGGAGGUGCAUUCGAAGCCACAUGCCUUCAAGGUAUACCACACGGCCAAAAUGUUUUACUUUGCGGCAGAGUCCCUGAACGCCCUCAAUCAAUGGGUGGACUUUCUACGCCAGGCCUCGCUCAAGGUGCCGCAAGGAUCGGCGUCGCGCGAAGCGGGAGAUGCCAAGGACCUGUAUUCGGAGAACGACAGCUCGGGUGAGGAGUGUGACGCCCUGGUGGCAAAUAACCUGAGCACACCUUCGCCGCAGGGCAAUAAGGAAGCGAUGUCUGUCACAUCCCUGGUGCUACCCGGAGGAACACCGCCGUCGGCCGGACCCACAAAGCAUGAACGUGGAUAUCUGGACUCGUUUCGGAAGUUCACCAUGGGCAAGAUGGGCAAGACCAGUGCGGCAAAGCCAUCGAGCGAUAUCCCAGUGCCAACGGAGCAGUAUCGCAGCUACAGGAAGGUACCUGGCGGCAGUUUUGGCAUUCAGAUAGGGGCCAAUACACCGGGCUACCAUGACCCGGCCAUGCCGCCCACCAGAGCACCCAUGGUGACUGCACCCAAGCUGUCGCGCAGCUCCAGCCGAAGCUCGGUGGUCAGCGGCACAGAAUCGGCCAUUUCGGUAUCAGCCUCGAUUCUGGGACCGCCUAUAUCGCCAGCGCCGACUCCAACCGCAGCCACGCCCACUUCGCUGCAACACCAGAGCUCCGAGGAAAGCCCGAGUCAGAGCCAGAGUCAAAGUCCCAGCAAAUCGAGUUUGAAGAAGGUUCCAUACAACUUCCUGCACGCCUCGAAUCCGAAUUUGGUAGAGUUCGACUUUAACACUUCAAAAACCCUGCUGCCGAAGAUGAGCGUGGGUACUACGUUGGACCAUGGCCACAAUAUUCAGGGAUUUGUGACCCUCAAGGCCCUGAUGCUGCGAAAGCAGGAGGAGGAGGCCCAGGAGAUGUACAAUAACCGCGUUCAUCUCGGCGUCGAAAAGCACAAACAUGCGCGCACAGAGUCGACGGCGAGUCAGCAAAGUGCCAUGAGCAGCAGCAGUGUGGCGAAGCCCUUGGAGAAGUUGCCCAAAAUCCAGAGCGUAAGCUUGCCCAAAACGCCGGACUACGAGAUUAGCUUCAAGCCAGAUGACGAGAGUAUUAAGCGAACUAGAGGAAGGGAGGGCCAGAAGCUGCGAGACUUUGGUUACGAGCUAAUAUGCGGCGAUGAGCCGAGUUCCAGUUCAAGCACCAGACAGGAGCACCAUCAUCACCACCAGCAUCAUCAUCAGCAACAGCAACAGCCGCUCCAACCGCAGCCGCAGCAGCAGAGUAGCAAGACCAAGCACUUCCUGCGUUCCCAGCAGCUACUUUCCAGCUUUCUGCUCAAAACCAGCAGCAGCGGCAGCUCCGGAUCCACCUCAGAGUCGAAGAAAAGCAAGAGUAAGUCGAGCAGCGAUCGGCGCUUUCCGUUCUCCAAGCAUUCGACCGGAUCUACAGGCAGUUCAUCGGGUCAUGCGAUGACCAUGACGCUGCCAUUGAACAAGAAGUCAAAAUCGAACCAUGCCCUGGAUGGAGCAGGCGGCAAUGGAUUGCCAUUGAGUGGCGGUGUCGGCGGAAGCAGUAUCAAGAAGAGCCAGACGUACAAUCAGGACUUGCGCGUGGGCACCAAGUACGAUGCACAUCGAAAGAAUUCGGCCCCGAUACCCAUCUUCUCAAAGCUCUCCAUUUCGGGCGGCACGCCGGCCAAGCCUUCGAAAGAGAAUCGCUUAUUCGGCUCACCGCUGCUGCAUCGCACCCUCUUUGGCCACCACCAUCAUCAACAGCAGCAGCAGUUGCCGCCAAUGACUCCGCGCAGUGCGGAUCCCGAUUGUGAUCAGGAGAUAUUCUCGCAGAUUACCUUGCCCACGCACAAUCAGGCGGGCUAUCGGAGCUACAGGGGACCUGGCAUUAUGACCACGUCCACAACCAAUUUGUGCUCUUCAGAGGCGCUGCAGCCACCGUUGCCGCCAGCACCGCCGCCACCGAUACAGGCCAACAGGCAACGGGGCGAAGAGGAGCAGCAGUUGCAGCCAGAUCCUGAAGCUGUUACGGCAUCAGAGGGUGCAGCCACACCGAAGGUCUCGAACUCAGGUUCUGUGGACUCAAAAGCGGCCACACCAGAUUAUCCGAACAUGGAGUGUCCGCCAGUGUUUGAGCCGGAAAUUUACUCGUUAACGGAUACCAGCUUAUCCCGGUUGAUGAUGCGGACGGCCAGUAACAGUGGUGGUUCUGGCUCCACCAGCGCCCACAACGCCAAUAAUAACAGCAGCAGCAACACCAAUAACAACACCAACAGCAGUCCCAGUGGCAGCGAACAACCACAACAACACCAACACCAUCAGACGUCGUAGGACUAGGAGUGUGAUGGCAAAACCAAUUGUGAAUGCUCGGGGUAUUAGGCCCCCGCUUACUUAUGUAUUUAUAUACACGCAUAUAUAGAGAGAGAUAUAUAUACUCGUACGAUAUAGGUAUACACGCAACCUGUUCAUUUCUUCGUCUUCCCUGUGUCCACCAGCCAGUACCUACUACCUAUACCUGCGAUCAUCCUGUCGAGUCCCUCUCACAUACAAUUUAGAUGUAAAUGUUUUUAAUCUGCCUUAUUUGCAUUGCUUCGGUUCUAGGUACAAACACACAAACACAAUAAGUGUAGCAAAGAGAUAUAUAUUAACUUUAGGAGAAGUCUGUGCAUCGAAGAAGAAAAGCGUAGUUCUUUAUAAUUUGCCUUUGUACGGGGAUUAACCAAGUUAAUCCGAGCUGUUUGAUUUGCUCAACAGUUUGUGUCUAAAUUACAUGUAUUAUAUUAUACGAUUAUGCGAAACGGGAUAUUAUUGUAGAGCGGUUUCCAGCGACGCCAAGGGGAUCCACAAAAUGUUGUAGCAAAUAAACGAAAUAAAUCUUAAAUAUACACAUACACGAAUUAUACAUGCAUACGAAUAAAGUCAACUGUAUAUAAUAAC